GCCUCUUUAGAACCGCAUCUUUUCAAAACACCACGCAACGGGGAACAGACUCUCAGAGCUCUCAGGAACAGCUCUCUCGAUCCAUCACUUCAACAUCAGCCCAUACGCCGUGCGUUUCUUCCACCCUCACCGUCUACGCGUCCCUCGCUAUACCUCCCUAUCAUUACUCCGUGACUGCGUCACGUAACAUAUUCUCUCGAGUAGCGUAAUCACCAGGACAAGACGCGAUGUCGGACCUGGUGCUUCGAAGAGCACCAAAGCAUUUACUCAAACGUCUGACUGGUGACUAUGACGAACCAUUGGCCAUGAUUGAGCUCACACGGCGGGCGCCUCAGUCUACCACUCUAGCACAGCUGAUGGACUCUUCGGGAUCAGGCAUUUCUGCAAUGGCGGUCAUCGUCCUCAUCGGCUCGCUUAUUGUCCUGUGGCUGGUCACAGUCAUGAUCGGCGUAAUGUGCAAGUAUUUCAACAAGCCCAGAUCAGCACUCCACGACGGCGCCUACGCCAACGGCGGUCUUUACCGACCCAGCGCAGCAGCCUACGGCGCCAGGAGUACGCCAGAAGCCAAGACAGAGGACCCGAAGAAGUCUUAUGGUAGCAAAGCCAGCCUGCUGGACAUGGCCCAGCCCAUGGGAAGAGCUGCGUCUCCCGGCGCUCCAGACUCACCGGACGUGUCCAUGUCGGGCGGUCACUUUGAGAUGCCCCUGACCCAGCACGCCGGACGCAUCGCCUAUCAGCAGCAUCAUCAGCGGUCAUCAUCGUCUUCAAUUGGUCUGCCGGGCCCCCCAGCUGCAUCGCGCCGUGCAGGAGCUGCUGGCCAGCAACAUCCUCAAAUGGCAGGCGGAGGAUCUGGAGCUCCGGAUGGGAGCUACUAUCAGCCUGGCCAAUUGUACAGUGCUCCACAGCAGAGUGGGUUUCAAGGUGGCCAGACGUUUGCGUACCCACCCGGUCCUUCGGGACCUAGAGGGCCGCAACAGGGGUACAGUGGGCCCGGUGUUGCACGCUCCAAUUCGAAGGCUAUGCGGGGACCACCGCCGGCGCGCUCCAAUUCAGCUAGGAAGUCGCGGUAUGCCAAGCCUGCUCGCGUGGAGUCUUUGGGUCCCGGUGAGAUCCGUCGGUACCUGGACGAGGCUGGUGUGGACGAGAACGUGGCCAUCCAAGACGCAGGAGCUCCGAAUUACUCUAGGAGAAGUAUGACAGGGAGGAGGAAUGUCUUUGCGCCCUCGGCGCGGAUGAGCUCUUAUGGAGCUAAACACCCAAGGAGUCCUAGCAUCUACGGCGCAGCGGAACUAAACGCACUCAAGUCGGCUCAGGCAGAAGGCUUCGGCGGAGGCUCCGAUCCCCGUGGGAAUGGAAGGAGUGGUGUGCAACCAGGAAGGGUGGAUCCCCUUGGCGCCGCUCACCAGCGCCCUCAGGCUGGUCCAGGUCUCGCUGGGCCCCGGCCGCUGAACGGGCAGAUGCGUGCAGGAGGAGUCGGGCCCCCGCCUUCAACAUAUGGGCAAGCUCCCGGACCAAUCCUGCAGUCUCGCCCCCCACCGGCUGCUCAGUACCAACAACGACCAUCGCAAGGUUCCGCAGGAGGACCUGGCAUGGGCCUCCGAUAUCCUGCAGGUCCCCAGUCGCAGAUGCAGGCUGGACCUCGGCCUCAGCAGCAAUACGCGCAGCAGCACCAAUACAGGCAACCACAACUGGCCCAAGGUGGGGGCGGCAUGAGGCAGAUUCUGUAGAGCUGAUCGAAGCGCCGAAACAAACAGCAUUGCACAGCAUUGCAAAUUGCUGGGCUGGUCGACCAAGCUCGCGCCCGCGCCCCAGUCGGAUACCAGCAUCUCCCCGUCGUGGACAUUCUUCUUGCCUUCAGCGAUCCCAGCGCUUUUCGGCUGAUCGAGGACACAUGGGGCGAACCGCCAUGUACGUGUACGUAUCUUCCCUUUGCUUCCACCGCACUUUUUUUUUGACAUGUCUUCGUACCUUUGCUUUCGCCCUGCUCUUCACCUACUCGGC